CCACUCCCACUAAAAUAUAAUCAAUCACACAACUCUCUGGCCAAGAACACCAUUCUCUCCAUCUCUCUCUACAUUCUCAUUUUCAUACCAAUCAAUGGCUACUGCACGCGAAGAGAACGUGUACAUGGCGAAGCUCGCCGAGCAGGCGGAGCGCUACGAGGAGAUGGUGGAAUUCAUGGAAAAAGUUGUGUCCGCUUCAGACGGCGGCGAGGAAUUGACGGUCGAGGAGCGCAACCUCCUUUCCGUCGCCUACAAGAACGUCAUCGGCGCUCGCCGUGCCUCUUGGCGGAUCAUCUCCUCCAUUGAACAGAAGGAGGAGAGCCGCGGAAACGAUGACCACGUUUCCUCCAUCAAGGAAUACAGAUCUAAGAUCGAGUCUGAGCUCACCUCGAUCUGCAACGGUAUCCUCAAGCUCCUCGACUCCAAACUCAUCGGAUCAGCUCACUCUGGUGAUUCCAAGGUAUUCUAUUUGAAGAUGAAGGGUGAUUAUCACCGAUACUUGGCCGAGUUCAAAACUGGACCCGAGAGGAAAGAAGCUGCUGAGAAUACUCUCUCCGCUUACAAAUCUGCUCAGGAGAUCGCCACUGCAGAACUGGCUCCUACUCAUCCGAUUCGUCUUGGUCUUGCUCUAAACUUCUCUGUGUUCUACUACGAGAUCUUGAAUUCUCCUGAUCGUGCUUGCAGUCUCGCCAAAACAGGCGUUCGAUGAAGCAAUAGCGGAGCUCGAUACACUAGGAGAAGAAUCAUACAAGGAUAGCACUUUGAUUAUGCAGCUUCUUCGCGAUAACCUCACAUUGUGGACUUCAGACAUGCAGGAUGAGGGGACUGAAGAGAUCAAAGAAGAGCCAAAACAAGACAAGGAUUAAAAGCCAUCUAACAAAGGAUCCAGAAUCCUUUGUUAUGGCUUUGUGUUAGGGUCAAAUUAUGAUGCCCUCGGUAGUGCUAGGAUGUCAUUAAUAUGCUACAUUUGAAGACAUUGUUGUAUGUUAAUCUAUUGUUACAUUGUCAAAAUUUCUAAUAUCUGUUGGUCCCUAAUAUGUUUUAAUUUCAGGGUGCUUUCAUUUAUCACAAAUGUUUGAUGCAUGAAUUUGUACGAUCUUUCUUUCAGCAAUUGAUGCAUUCGUUCAAUGAAGUUCUGUGUUAUCUUCAGACCCCUGUAUUGAAUAUACCUUUGUGGGAAGCGUUUUAC